AUGCCUCAUCCAACGAGCCAAAACAUAGUGGAUGACUCCAAGGUUUAUGGAGACUGGCGAGAUGAACUGUUUCAAAACGGGUAUGUCGUGAUCAAGAAUGCGAUCCCAAAAAAACGAUGCGAUCAUUACAUUGAGAAGAUGUUUGAAUGGCUGGAGAGCUUUCCCUGGGGAUUCGACAGGAAUGACCGCUCGACAUGGACCGACCGUCACCUACCUGAUCAUAUCAAGGGAGGAAUGUAUCACGGGUACCGUGUUCAGCAUGAAAGAUUUAUGUGGGAGGCGCGAUCAGAGGCAGGGGUCAUUGCUGCCUUCGAGAAACUCUGGGGAACAGACAAACUUCUGGUGUCAUUUGAUGGUCUGAACUUUGUUCUUCCCUCUGGAAAGCCUUUGCCACAGACUCAGCCGUGGCCGCAUAUUGACCAAAGUCCACUGAGAGAGGGAAUGCAGUGUGUCCAGGGUAUCUUAAACUUCGCCCCCAAUAGCCCCGAUGACGGUGGACUCCUUGUCAUGAAGGGGUCAACGAAGCUGAUGCCCGAGUUUUUCAAGUCGCAUCCAAAGAUCAUGGAAAGGCCAACAUGGGGACCUAGCGAUUGGUUUGGCUUUGAAGAGGAUGAAGUGAAAUGGUUCGAGAAGAGAGGAUGCGAGAUACACAAAGUGAAUGCGGAUGCUGGAGAUCUUAUUCUCUGGGAUUCUCGCACUAUGCAUUUCAACUGCGUUCCGUCAUCUCAGAACAUACGUGCCGUUAUAUGUGGGUAUCCUUCCCAGAAUCUCACUGCUUGGUUUAACCCGCAUCCUUGA